ACAAUCACAUGUUCACCACAAGCAAAACGCGGACUCAGACACCACCAUCUUUAUGCAUCCAUUGCUUCGAAGGCAGCAGAUGAGAAAUUAUCUUGAAUUGGUUUCAGGGUCAAUCGACUGUCCAAGAACCCACCCAGACUCAAACACAUGUCCAACUACUUGACCUAGCAACAACAGUCUCGCAAUCGAUUUUUUUUCAUUCCUACUGGACUCUGACUCGACUUGACCAAACCAACAUACAUUCCUCGAUGGCCGACGAUCCCGCGCUCAGUCGACGACUGAGAAAUGUUAAGCAUAUUAUCCUGGUCCUUUCAGGCAAAGGAGGAGUCGGAAAGUCAUCGGUGUCAGUUCAACUAGCGCUCUCACUACUGAAUCGGACGAAGGAUGCCAAAGUCGGGCUCCUGGACAUCGAUCUCACCGGGCCAUCGAUCCCGCGGAUGCUCGGGCUCGAGGGACGCUCCGUCCUACAGUCCACUGACGGCUGGGUGCCCGUUCAUACCUCCUUCAACAAUCAUCAUCCGUCGUCCGACGUCCAGCAAAGCUUGAAAUGCAUGAGCAUCGGCUUCCUCCUCAACGAUCCCAAGGAUAGCGUCGUCUGGAGAGGACCCAAGAAGAAUGCUAUGAUUCGCCAGUUCUUGGUCGAUGUCUGUUGGGGAGAGCUCGACUGGCUGAUUAUCGACACUCCACCCGGUACAUCCGACGAGCACAUCUCGCUCUUAGAGCAACUUUCCCCGCUCCUAGUCCACCAAUCCCAAGCCACAAGCCCAUCAGAGCCGCGGAAUCUUCCGAGCCUCUCCUCGGUCCUAGUGACGACCCCACAAGCAGUGUCUCUCUUAGACGUGUCGAAGGAGUACGACUUUACGAAGAAGACCGGGCUGCGGGUGCUCGGCCUGAUCGAGAACAUGAGCGGGUUCAUCUGUCCGCAUUGCCAGCAGAUCCAGAACAUCUUCGGCAGCGGUGGCGGACAAAGCUUUUGUGAGAAAGUCUCGAACAGUACUCAGCCUGAUGGCGACUCGCACGAUCAGCACCCGUCGCUUCGGUUCCUCGGAAAAAUCCCCAUCGACGUCCAGUUCAUGAAGCUCAUGGAUCAGGCUACUAAUCCUGAUCAACAACCCGCCUCUGACCCCUCAAAUCUGAUGCAUCCCCCCGCCUCUUCUCCGAACGCUAACUCGCUCCUCAUCGACCGCUACUUCGAUACUGUGUCCUCUAAAGUCUUCGCUGAGAUUUGUUCACUGAUCGUUCAAUCGAUCACCGGAUCAUCUGCUAUCUAAUCUCAACCCUCCAUCUAUCCAUUAUAUCCUAUCUCUCUUCUCUCUCUCUCCCCUUUAUCUAGAUAAUAGGAUUUUGUAAUCAAAUUGACUUCGGUCUUGUCAUUUAUCUAUUCAUACAGCAACCCAAAAAGAAACAAACAAAUAAGACCAAGAGAGCAACAUGUAAAACAACUUACAAGGAGUGUAGUAUAAAGAAACCUUGGAGGAUUUUCUACACGAUUGUAGAGUAAUAAGAUGU